AUGGAAUCCCUGAAUAUGUCUAAACUAAACCUAUCCAGUGUACGGAACACCGUGCCUGGUGAUAAUGCGCCAAAACAAGAUAUUUCGGAACCGAAGUACGAAUCGAAUUCCUUCACUGAUCUUGAUGGUGAAUAUCACUGUGAAUAUCGUGAAGACAUCUGGAAGAGUUUACUGGAGCAAGAUGCUGAGAAACCUAUCAUCCACCUCCAAUCACCUCAGUUGGAAUUCCGUGGUUCUCUAGUUCAGCAACUAAGGGAUGUCACCAAGAAGCUGGGGCUGACCAUCGCCACCCUGCACUCGGCGGUCGCGCAGUUGGACUUGUUCAUGGAUGCUCACAGACUUCGUGCAGAUAGACUGACACAUGUUGCUUUGGCUUGUUUGAGUCUUGCCGCAAAAAGCGAAGAGAAGUUCAGUAGAGCACCCACAUUGAAAACCCUAGCAAAGGUAUCAGGCAUACAACUCUGCGGCAAGACAUUCAGACAGCUGGAGUGGAUGGUCGGUCAGCAUGUACGGUGGAGGCUUCUGACCCCCACUCCUGUGACCUUCGCAGCCCUACUCGCACAAUAUGUGGUGGCUGAUUGUGAUCUGACCACUCGGCAUCCAAAGUUUGUGAGGAGAUUCAGACGGGACGGAGCUAAACUGUUGGAAGCGUAUUUGGAUUUGACUUUGUCUGACGUGCGUCUCAAGGUGGUGGAGAGCGUGGACGUGGGGUGUGCGUGCGUGGCGUGCGCGCGCGCCGCGCUCGGCCUGCGCGCCUGGCCCGCCUGGCUGGCCGCCGUCGCCGGCCGCGCGCCCGGCGCCGUCGCGCCGCUCGCCAGCCUGCUGCAGCGGAUGAUGCAAAUACUGAAGUCACGUGAAACCGAAAAUGAAGUAGACCCAGGAUACAACGCGAGGACUUCACCGAACGCAACACCAUGCAUUUCACCGCCACCAUCCCCAUAUGAGACCUAUCGUUCCGAUGUAUCAUGUCGUCCCCGUCACGUCUCCGAAUCGUAUCCGGUCAGAUCAGAUUUUACAAUCAAUUUUGAUGAAAACAUCCUAAAUCAAUACAUACCGGGGCAAAAAACUUAUUGUAAGUCAACUAGAUUAAUCGAUGCAAUGAACUCGGUACCCUCAACCAGUAUGGCGGUGAAGCGUACGUUAGAUGGCAAUGACAGAAUGUUAGAUAUUGAUAGAAAGAGGUAUCGUCUCGCCAAUCAAAUGUCUCAAGUUGUUCUU